GCCUUUGAGAUCAUCCAGCGCAUCGUGUCUCCCGAAGCGCAGAGCUAUUUCCAGCGGAUCGUGCGGGUGACACAAAGCGAGCUUGAGAAGCUUCUGGUCCACAGGGUCACGAACCUCUUCGACCCCCUGGGCAUUGAGGGUCCCUGCAGGGCAGCGCCGGAUCCAGCACUGAACGUGCUGCAGGAGAAGUGCCGUCUGCUUAAAGAGAAGUCGGCGCAAGAGGGUCAGCAGCUGACUUCCUACAUCGGCUCGGUGCUCUCCAGGAUUUUAGUGGACUUUUGCCGCUUUGCCGACGUCGUCCUACGCUGGGAGCGGGCGACGCAGGGCGCGGAGAGGAUUCCCGAAGAGGGACCGGACCUGGAGACACAGCUGGACCCGGGUGGCCU